AUGAUCAACGCCCGGCGCGCCUGCCCGCCGAGCCCGGCCUGCUGCUGCAGCCGCCGUCUAAGGUACGAAGGCUCCCUCCAGCACGCGUCACUCGGAGUGAUCCUGGUGGCAGCGUGCCCCGUGCUGGCCACGUGGCUGUGCCUCGCCAUGCAGCCGGCGCGCCUGCCCGCCGAGCCCGGCCUGCUGCUGCAGCCGCCGUCUAAGGAGCGGCGCACGCGCACCAGCUCGGUUUCGUCAGAUAGCUCGCUGCCGCCGGAGCUUCGGCCCAACCAGAAGUGGUUUGUAGGCGGCAGCGAGUCGCAACCGGCGGCGAUGCGUGACCGUAACGUGACGCGUGCGAGAGUCCUGGCUGCGCACGUCCUAGGUUACUUGUCAUGUUACCUCGUUCAACCCGCACCUGGUAUAGAGUACAAAGCAGAAGAUGAGAGCCCAAUAGACUGUUAUGUUAAGGUUAUGGUGGUGUACCUCCGCUCGGGCAGCGCGCUGCAGCGACUCGUGGCGGGUCUUGUGGUGUCCAUGUGGGCGCGCCACAGCCGCGCGAGACUGCAGCAUCAGGGAGAACCGAGUGACUCCACGAACGAAGAAGAGAAAAUGAGUAAACUGGCGCCGCCUUUACUGACGAGCACGCUUAGCGCGGCGCUCAACCAAGCUCUCUACUACGACGAGGUCGCUCUGACCUGCAAUAGGAUAUUACAAGAGGCUCGUGAUUUACACGCCAUGAUGAAGCAUUACAAGCUGGCGGUGGACGGUGAAGAAUUCAACAAUAUUCUGAGGCUAGAACAGGUGGUCCAUUUAACGCAAGUGACGCAGCCGAUGGUGGCGGCGAUGAAGAUCAAGCGAGUUGCGCAGACGCUUGAAGAGAGGCGGAAGAAUCUGCAGUCAUCUGUCAACCAGUGCUGCGCGGAACAGAACACGUUAAAUGUGUCCGUUCAAGCAGCGUUAGCAGCCGCGUGCGCCAACCUGCACUCUCUCCCAGAGAAGCUGAACCCAGUGGUCCGUCCGCUGAUGGAGAGCAUCAAGAAAGAAAGCUCCGAGGAGCUUCAGCAGAACUCCGCCGACACGCUUGCAGCGCUGCUGGCCCAGCNUCUGGUUUAUUCAUUCUACGUUCAUUCAUGCAUUUGCUGA